UAAUAAUCGAAUAAACUCUAAUUCAAUGUACAUAAUUGCUUUCUUUUUUCGAUGAACGAAUUUGAUUUGAGUUCUGGAGAGAGGGAUUCAGAUAGGUAGGCACGCGGCGCGGCGUUGAUCUGCUAGAUCGAUCGAAAAUAUGGCAGCCGUUAAUUUGCAGGACGUCAAGAAUGAAAACGUUGAUCUGGAAAACUUGCCUUUGGAGGAAGUGUUUAGUCGUCUGCACAGUUCGAGGGAUGGAUUGACAUCAAAGGAGGCCGAAGGCAGGCUCGAAGUGUUCGGGCCAAACAAGCUGGAAGAGAAGACAGAGAGCAAAUUUCUGUUAUUCUUGGGAUUUAUGUGGAAUCCCCUUUCAUGGGUUAUGGAGAUUGCUGCUAUCAUGGCCAUUGUUUUGGCUAAUGGAGAUGGAAGACCACCAGACUGGCAAGAUUUUGUUGGAAUUAUGUCGUUGUUGAUCAUCAAUUCCACCAUUAGUUUCAUCGAGGAGAACAAUGCAGGCAAUGCUGCGGCAGCUCUCAUGGCUGGUCUUGCACCCAAGACAAAGGUAUUGAGAGAUGGGAAAUGGAGUGAGCAAGAAGCCGCCAUCCUUGUCCCUGGAGACAUAAUUAGCAUCAAGUUGGGAGACAUUGUCCCAGCUGAUGCACGUCUUCUAGAAGGCGAUGCUUUAAAGAUUGAUCAAUCCGCUCUCACCGGUGAAUCACUGCCAGUGACUAAGAACCCCGGGAGUGGAGUGUUUUCUGGUUCCACCUGCAAACAAGGUGAAAUUGAGGCUGUUGUCAUUGCCACUGGAAUCAAUACUUUCUUUGGUAAAGCAGCACAUCUUGUCGACAGCACUCAGAAUGUCGGUCACUUCCAAAAGGUGCUUACUGCCAUUGGUAACUUCUGUAUCUGCUCCAUUGCCGUUGGAAUCAUAAUUGAGAUUGUAGUCAUGUACCCAAUUCAACAUAGGAAGUACAGGAGUGGAAUUGACAAUCUGUUGGUCCUUCUCAUUGGAGGCAUUCCGAUUGCCAUGCCAACAGUGUUGUCUGUAACCAUGGCCAUAGGAUCCCACAGAUUGUCACAGCAGGGUGCUAUCACUAAGAGGAUGACAGCCAUUGAAGAAAUGGCUGGGAUGGAUGUUCUCUGCAGUGACAAAACUGGAACCCUCACUCUAAACAAGCUCACUGUUGACAAAAAUCUGAUUGAGGUAUUUUCAAAAGACGCCGACAAAGAUCAUGUGAUCCUCCAGGGAGCUAGAGCAUCGAGGGUGGAGAAUCAGGAUGCAAUUGAUGCUUGCAUUGUCGGAAUGUUGGCUGAUCCCAAAGAGGCAAGAGCAGGGAUCACUGAAGUGCAUUUCCUUCCAUUUAAUCCCGUGGAGAAGCGUACCGCUAUUACUUAUAUUGAUAGUAGUGGAGAUUGGCAUAGAGUGAGCAAAGGAGCUCCUGAGCAGAUCAUUGAGAUCUGCAACCUGAGGGAAGACGUAAAGAAGAAAGCUCUGUCCAUCAUCGACAAGUUUGCUGAUCGCGGACUUCGUUCUUUGGCUGUUUGUGAGCAGACCAUACCAGAGAAGACAAAGGAGGGUGCUGGCACCCCAUGGGUGUUUACAGGUCUCUUGCCACUCUUUGAUCCUCCGAGGCAUGACAGUGGUGAGACAAUCAAGCGUGCUCUUCAUCUUGGUGUCAAUGUUAAGAUGAUUACUGGAGAUCAGCUAGCUAUUGCAAAAGAGACUGGCCGAAGGCUUGGAAUGGGAACAAACAUGUAUCCUUCGUCCUCACUUCUCGGGCAGCACAAGGAUGAAGCAAUUGCCAGCUAUUCUGUUGAAGAGUUGAUUGAGAAGGCUGAUGGCUUUGCAGGAGUCUUUCCUGAGCAUAAAUACGAGAUUGUGAAGAAGUUACAAGAGAGGAAGCAUAUUUGUGGAAUGACAGGAGAUGGAGUCAAUGAUGCCCCAGCUCUAAAGAAGGCAGACAUCGGCAUUGCAGUGGCUGAUGCCACUGAUGCUGCCAGAGGUGCAUCAGACAUAGUCUUGACUGAGCCGGGAUUGAGUGUCAUUGUGAGUGCUGUACUGACAAGCAGAGCCAUCUUCCAGAGGAUGAAGAACUACACAAUCUAUGCAGUUUCCAUUACCAUCCGUGUCGUGCUUGGUUUCAUGCUUCUUGCACUCAUCUGGAAAUUUGAUUUCUCACCCUUCAUGGUUCUAGUCAUUGCAAUCCUCAAUGACGGAACUAUCAUGACCAUUUCCAAGGACAAGGUAAAGCCAUCCCCCAUGCCCGACUCAUGGAAGCUGAGGGAGAUUUUCGCCACUGGAAUUGUAUUUGGCACUUACCUUGCAGUGAUGACUGUUGUUUUCUUCUGGGCUGUUCAAGAAUCUACAUUCUUCACGGACAAAUUUGGUGUUAGGCCAAUCAAGGACCACUACCAUGAGCUGAACUCUGCUGUGUACCUUCAAGUGAGUAUUGUGAGUCAGGCUCUCAUCUUUGUGACACGAUCAAGAAGCUGGUCCUACAUAGAACGCCCCGGUCUUCUCCUAGUGUUUGCUUUCCUAGUAGCUCAGUUGAUCGCAACUUUGAUUGCUGUGUAUGCAAACUGGGAGUUUGCAAGAAUCAAGGGCAUCGGGUGGGGUUGGGCGGGUGUCAUCUGGUUAUACAGCGUCAUCUUCUACAUCCCUCUCGAUUUAUUCAAAUUCAUCAUCAGAUAUGCUCUUAGCGGCAAGGCUUGGAAGAACAUGAUUGAUAAUAGGACGGCCUUCACGUCAAAGAAGGACUACGGCAAGGGUGAAAGGGAAGCACAGUGGGCAAUGGCUCAACGCACACUCCACGGCCUCCAAGCUCCUGAGAGCUCCGACGUCUACAAAGAUAACAGCAACAACUAUAGAGAACUCUCCGAGAUAGCUGAGCAGGCCAAGAAACGUGCUGAAGUUGCAAGACUCAGGGAGCUACACACCCUGAAGGGGCACGUUGAGUCCGUGGUGAAGCUCAAAGGCCUAGACAUCGAUACGAUACAACAGAACUACACAGUUUAGACAGCAAGUCCGAGAGAGAGUAGAGUUGAUAUGGUGGAAUAAAAGGGAAUAGAGAGGUAGAGUUGAUUCAUAGUUUUGGUGCGAGCUUAAUUACCGCAUUGCAAUUCUGUUUUGCAGUUAACGUAGUUUUGGUUUGCAAAGUCGAAUAAUUGUGUAGGGCUGAGCGUUUUGGGCCAGCCAGACCAUAUUUUCUUCUUCAAGAAGAAGUAUCUUCAUUGUGCUGCUAAUGAGAAAUUAGUAUUUUUGUAA